ACACAGUUAUGCUGCAGACGACGUGAAAUGUAUUGAACCUGAAUUUCUGGUUUUUCCCUGCUGCAUUUUCAUAUCAAGGUCUUUACUUUCGUGACGAAAAUAAGGUCUAUGUGAUUAACUACGGGAGUUACAAAUAUAUGAAAGAAAAUUUGGUGUGCAACUCUUGACUACUUCCGAGUCAACAUAACAUGGCAAAAAGAAUGAAGACUGAUAAGAGUGUAAAAUACACACGGAUGACGGACACAGGGGACGGCUAUAUAGAUCUGCAGUUCCAAAGACGACCCUUGAAGAUCCCUUGGAGGUCAAUCGGUGUUGCUUGCCUCCUACUCGCCAUGGGGACCACAUUACUCACCAUUGGAGCGUUGCUUGUAUCAGGACAUAUCGAUAACAAACACAGUGAUAGAAUGUGGCCUGUGCUGAUCCUAGGAAUGCUACUCUUCAUACCGGGGUUCUAUCACGUCAGACUAGCCCUCUAUGCAUUCAGGGGAUACCGGGGUUACUCGUUUGAGGAUAUUCCGGACUAUGACGAUUGAGGUUUACGAUGGACUAUGAUUUGUUAAUUAUGCAGAGGAUUGGAUUGAAAUGCUGUUGAAAUCAUCAUGCUGCUUAAGUAAACAGAGCAUCUGACAUCCCACCCUGUUUUUCACUUAAUAAACAAAUUAGGAGAAUUUUAGGUAGUUAAAGAGAGCUUUCCAAUUCACAAUGUUAAUGUUUUUGAACUUAACAAAAUCCAUUUGUGAUGUUUUUAUCAGGGUGCAAAAUGUGCAAUUCACUGAAAUAAAAAUCCCCAUUACUCAGUAGAACAUACCUAAUAAAACAGUAACAUAAUUUGGGCCAGUAGACCAUGACCAAAGUAAUCCGAUGGCUGUAUAUUUGGAACGAUGAACUCUCAAGCAAUCACUGCACGCAGGUGCCCUCCAUCUGUAUCAUGUGGGCUACUAAAACUGUGCAACCAAAUUGUUAAUAAUAACAAUUUUUAAAAUGAGUUAAAUGAUCUUUGAGUGUGUGAAUUUAACAAAACUUCCUAGAACCAAUAGACCGAUCCAUUAAGCUCCGCCCAAUUUCAUAUUGACCAAUCACAAUGCAACAAAGGUCCGACAAAUAAAGUCCGACAUGCGUGCGUGUAUGCUUUGCGGGCGUGGCAGACUUGUGCAGAAAGGCAUUGGAGAGAUCCUGUGUUCUUGCUCACCUGUGCGUCGUGGGCCAAGCCUAAUGGAUCGGUCUAAUGAAAUGCACAGUUGACUUGCCUGGUGGACCACUUUCCAGAAGCCUUUUGAAAUGCCAAGCCUGGUAGAUGUCUCAAGGCCAGAGUUUCCAACUUUGCUUUGGCCAAAUGGGAUGGUUAUUUGGCAUUGGGUAAAAUGAAAAUGGACUUAUCAUCAGUGUCACUAUUUUAAAACCUAAAACAAACAAACAAACAAACAUCGACACUGUGGACGUUUUUGUUUUGUUUUUAAUUUUGAAUAGUAUUGUUGUAGUAAAGAGAGUUACAUACAUAUCAGUUCAGUACAAAUUCAUUACAUUAUACAAAGUACAAUACGUUAAAAAAAUUGUAGUGGUAUAGGCAAACUGAACUAAUAAUAA